UGUAGCAUCCAUAAAAUUUCAUAAAAUUUAAACUUUUCAAAUCACCCUUUUUAUAAGGAAGUGUUUACAAAUCCCCUUGUUUCCAAAAUAUUAUUUAAAAUCAUAAUCGUUCUCAACAUAGUUUUCAAAACAUUGUCUUUAUCAGAGUAUCCCAGAAAAUCAUAAGUCCAAAAAUGUGAGGAUGUGUACGGUCAUGCCUUCACCCUGACAAGAUUCGUUGAAGUACCUGAAACCAUAAACCAAAACUGUAAGCAUGAAGCUUAGUGAGUUCCCCCAAAGUACUAAUACCCAAACAUAUAACAUAUACAAAUAACAACAAGUAUUGGGUCCACAUCUAAAUGACUGGAUUACUUCUUGAGCCCAUAAUAUGAGUUUAGCUUGCCUAUCAGGCCCACAUCUCAUAUCUGGCUUGAUCUCGAGCCCACAUCAUAAUUCUGGCUUGCCCUUGGACCCACAACUUAUGUUUGGCUUGCUUCCUUGGUUAUUAGACUGGAAUAUCAAUGAGUAGCCCUCAGUAUGAGUCUGGCAUACCACCCGGUCCUCAGCUCAUAACUGGAAUGCUACUGAGCUCUCCGUAUGAGUCUUGUUUUCCCUACCCAGCCCUCAGUUCAUAUCUAGAAUGCUAAUGAGUCCUAAAUAUGAGUCUGGCAUGCCCUCACUGGCCUUCAACUCAUAUCUGGUAUGCUCCAGCGUUUCUACCAACUUCUAUAGAGAUUUCAACAUAUGGUGGGGCAAUGGCCGUGGAAGCAUUCAUGAUAACGGGAAACUUUUAAUGCUGUCUCUUGAUGAAUAUUCUGGCUCUGGGAUCCAAUCCUACAGGGAAUAUCUUUUCUCCAAAAUCGACAUGCAAAUCAAACUUAUUCAAGGAAACUCUGCGGGAACUGUUACUACGUUCUAUUUAGCAUCAGAAGGUGAUAAUCGUGAUGAGAUAGAUAUCGAGUUUUUGGGAAAUCUUUCUGGUAAUCCUUACACUCUUCAUACAAACAUGUAUAUCAAAGGUAGCGGCUCUAGAGAGCAACAAAUUCACCUUUGGUUUGAUCCCACCACCAGUUUCCACACUUAUACGAUUAUUUGGAACCCAUUUAUGAUUGUAAUUUACGUGGAUGGGACGCCUAUUAGAGUGUUCAAAAACUGGGAAUCGAGGGGAGUUCCAUACAUGAAGGAGCUUCCUAUGAGGAUAUAUGCGAGCCUUUGGAAUGCGGAUCAAUGGGCCACAAGAGGUGGGGCAAUAAAAACAAACUGGACAGAAGCUCCAUUCAGAACGUGGUUUAGGAAUUAUAAGGCCAGGGGUUGUCUUUGGAAGAACGAGGAGUCUUGUUCAAAAGCUAUCAAACAUGAUUGGUAUAAACAAAAACAACUAGAUUUGAGGAACCUUGAGAUGCUGAAAUGGGUCCAACGUAAUUACAUGAUUUACAAUUACUGCAAUGACUUUAAUCGCUUCCCACAUGGCCUUCCACCAGAAUGUUCCCUUGAUACACCAACUUAAGCACUCAACAUCACCAAACUGGAUAAUAUUAAUUUUUUUUUUUUUUGCCUUUUUGGUGAAUAAAGAGAAUAAGAUACACCAAAAGUAAGACGAUCACUUCCUUACAAGAAAAACGCUAAUUUUCCUUGUCUGUCUCUCUCAAUGAACCUCCAUAACCAUUUGGACAUAGCCAUGGAGAAAAGAGAAAUUGCAGAUCAGUGUGACAUUAGUGAGACAGAAAGAUGAGACUGACUUACAAUGUGACUUGAUGGACCUUUUUGUUUCAUCUCCAGAGACAAUACCACGACUUGAUGUCUUCUUUCACGCGAUUUACACUUACUGGUUGUGCAUGAUUCAUAGUCACCAGGGCGACUUGGCCAAGUCGGAAUUAUAUUAGUGGGUUGUACAUGUAGUUUUUGUGUCCUAGUUUCUUUUUUUUCCCUUUCCCCCUUAGGCAAUUUCUAGGUGAUUUUUGUUAUUUUGGAUCUACUUGUA